AUGCGGAUUGCUGAAAUUGCAGCAGAAGUUUUUAUAUAUCUAAAACAACAGGCAGAAAAAGAGCUUACAACUGAAGUAACUCAAGCUGUUAUUACUGUUCCAGCUCAUUUUAAUGAUGCGGCAAGAGGUCAGGUGAUGCUUGCAGCAAAGCUUGCAGGUUUAGAGGUUCUAAGGCUGAUUGCAGAGCUUACUGCAGCAACUUAUGCUUACGGAUUAAAUAAAAACCAAACAGGUUGUUAUUUUGUAUAUGAUUUAGGUGGUGGUACUUUUGACGUAUCAAUUCUAAAUAUUACAGAGGGGAUUUUUCAGGUUAUAGCAACAAGUGGCGAUAAUAUGCUUGGCGGCGAUGAUAUAGAUAAAAUCAUUGCUGAUUAUUUUUGUAAUAAAUUUAACUUACCUGAUAACACUGAUACUCUACAGUUUGCUAAAAAGGCAAAAGAAGCAUUAUCGAACCAAGAUAAUUUUGAGUUCAAUAAUAUAUCGCUUGAUAAACAAACAUUUGAACAGUUAAUUACCCCUAUAAUAGGUCGUACAAUCAAUAUAGCCAAAGAAUGUUUGGAAAUAGCAGGAAAUCCGAACAUAGAUGGCAUUAUUUUAGUAGGUGGUGUAACUCGUAUUCCGUUAACCAAGGAUGAAUUAUAUAAAGCUUUUAAAGUAAAUAUUCUUUCAGAUAUUCAUCCUGAUAAAGCUAUUGUAUACGGGGCUGCACUGCAAGCAGAGAAUCUAACAACACCGAACAUCGAUUCAUUAUUGAUUGAUGUAGUACCUUUAUCUUUAGGUAUGGAAUUGUAUGGCGGCAUCGUUGAAAAAAUUAUCAUGCGAAAUACUCCGAUCCCUAUUUCUGUAAUAAAAGAGUUCACAACUUAUGCUGAUAAUCAAACUGGCAUACAAUUUCAUAUAUUACAAGGUGAACGUGAAAUGGUAGCAGAUUGCCGCACUUUGGCUAGGUUUGAGCUAAAGGGACUUCCUCCUAUGAAAGCAGGGAGUAUUAGAUUAGAAGUUACUUUUUCUAUUGAUGCUGAUGGUAUAUUAUCUGUUUCUGCUUAUGAAAAAAUAAAUAAUACCUCGCAUAUCAUAGAAGUGAAGCCAGAUUACGGGAUUGAUACAAGUGAAGUUGAUAAGGUUAUGCUUAUAAAAAUGCUAAACUGGAUCAUGCUACAAGAUUAUUGCAAGAAACAGUUAUUGAAGCUGAAUCUUUGA